UGUGAGUGCGCAUGGGGGGGGGGGUCUCUUCAGUUUCCCAGGGCCUGUUCUGGGAAGAGGAGGGCAGUGAGGCCAAAUAGACCCUGCACCGCAGUGCUGGGCGGCAGCGAACCUGGACACCCAACCUCACCUGGCCACUGGGGGACCCAAGGGGGGCAGGGCCUGAGAAAGGAGCAGCCCCAGCCUGGCCCCAUCCCAUGCUCUGGGGCCAGCAGGGUUUGACAUAACCUGUCCUGUCUGAGCGGCCGGUCCUGGGCACCAGGCCUGAGGACAGCUGUCCCCACAGUCACUCACACAGAGCCGGCCCCCCCAGUAAGGUCCCCUUGGACAUUUACCUGCUUGCAAGCUGCCUAAGGCUGGCCCCAGCCUCCCCUUCGCCAAGGAAAGGCUACUGGUGGACGCCCAGGCCCAGGACAGCCUGCUCCCCUGGGCAAGGGGCAGGGGGGUAGGGUCCCCUCCAGCCCCUCUGUCCCCACUGGACUUGAAGAUGGCCUCGUUAGUAGGCUCCUGGCACCAGCUCCCUGCCCAGGUCACCAGGUAGAGGUGGCCGCUGGUGAGUCUGGCUGGGAGGUGUGCGGGGCUCCCCUGCUGGCGAAAGCCCCCCUCUCUUAGCCAAAGGUGCCUGGCAGCCUGCCCAGCCCCCACUCUGCGCUCAGCCUGGGGGACCCCAGCAAGGCCCGGAGCCAGGAGCUUAAUUCCGAAGAUCCUUCUUGACUCACAGGGACGAGACCGGCCAGUCUGGCCAUCUCACCCCCGCCAGAGCUCCCACACUCAUAACAGCAUGACCCCCACCACCAUGACCCCCUCCACCUGGCCUCCUCGCGGGCCCCGCCCGCACAGCCCCCCCCCCAUUCCACUGAAGGCAUUUCUGCGGCCGGCAGGGGAUGGCCAUGGGCGUCCCCAUCUUCCCUGCCCUAUCACUCUCCCACCACAGCGGUCACAGCAGUGCCACACCCGCGGCGGUGACCCCUGACCACAUCUGAGCUGGGCCCCAGGCCACUCUUUCCACCCCAGGCGGCUGUCAACAAAUGCCCCUCCCCAAGACCCUACCCGGGGAGGGGGAGCCCACCCCAGGUGAGCCUCCGCCACCAACCCCUCGACCCUCGGAGAGCCACCCCUACAACCCGGCUCUGAGGGCUCCGUGCGUGGGGGACACUCGGGGUCGCUGGCGCGUGGCCAUAGGAUUAACCCGGCGCGGGGCGGGACCGGACUGCGCCACCUGCCGCUACCAUGGCCGCCGGCGGGCGCGCCCGCGCGCAGAGGCCGAAUCUGGACAAGAUGGAGCGCAUGGUCGUGAGCAUGCAGGACCCCGACGAAGGGGUGAAGAUGCGGAGCCAACGCCUGCUCAUCACCGUCAUCCCCCACGCCGUGGCGGGCGGCGACGUGGUACAGUGGCUGACCCAGAAGUUCCGCGUCUCGGAGGACGAGGCGCUGCACCUGGGCGCGCUGCUGGUGCGGCACGGAUACUUGUACCCUCUGCGGGACCCCCGCAGCCUCGCGCUCCGGCCCGACGAGACACCCUACAGGUUCCAGACGCCGUACUUCUGGGCAAGCACCGUGUGGCCAGCCUCCGAGCUGGACUAUGCCAUCUACCUGGCCAAGAGGAGCAUCCAGAGGCGGGGCGCCCUCCUGGACCACGAGAAGGUGAGGCCCGAGGCCCAGCUGGCCCAGACGCCCCCCCCCACUCCCUGCAGCCGCUCCGGGGAGGCGGGGCCCCGCCCCAGGGCUGUGCACCCCGUAUCUGGCAGGAGCACUAUGACCAGCUGCAGUGGAAGAUCAGCCACGCCUGGGACCUGGUGGUGACGCAGGCCAGGGAGCAGCUGAGGGCCAUGAAGCAGCGUCGCAGAGGGGACAGGCUGGUCAUCACGUGCCAGGAGCAGGCGUACUGGCUGGUGAACAGGCCGCCGCCGGGGGUCCCUAACGUGCUGGAGCAGGGUCCAGAGAGGGGCUCCUGUGCCGCCAGCCGACUGCAAACGUGCAAGAGCCUGGAUUUCUACAAAUGGGAGAUCGAGUACGCCAGGAAGGCGCUGGGUCGGAACCGGCUGAAGUCCUCCGUCUGCCUGGAGGCGUACCUGAAGUUCAGCAGCCAGCGUGGGCCGCACGACCCCAUCCUGUCUGGGUGCCUGCCCAGCAACCCCUGGGUCACGGAUGACGACACCUACUGGGCCGUGAACGCGCCCACGGCGGCCACCCCAACGCGGCUCCGAGUGGAGCGCUGGGGCUUCAGCUUCCAGGAGCUCCUGGAAGACCCCGUGGGGCGGGCGCACUUCAUGGACUUUCUGGAGAAGGAGUUCAGCGCGGAGAACCUCAGCUUCUGGGAGGCUUGUGAGCAGCUGCGCUACGGAGGGCAGGCCCAGGUCCCGGCUCUGGUGGACGCCGUGUACCAUUCCUGGCCCCCGGUGCUGCCCGCUGGGUCAACAUCGACAGCCGCACCAUGGAGCGCACCCUGGCAGGGCUGUGCCGGCCUCACCGCUACGUGCUGGACGACGCACAGCUGCACAUCUACAUGCUCAUGAAGAAGGACUCCUACCCGAGGUUCCUCAAGUCCGACAUGUACAAGGGCCUGCUGACGGAGGCUACGGUGCCUGUGGAGACCAAGAGACGGUGAGCCCAGGCCGGCCCCGCCCCGGCCCGCCCCAGGAGUGGGCAAGCGUGUGGGGGCACCCAGCACUCGCCCUUUCUCCUCCACAGGGUGUUCCCGUUCAUGCGGAAGCCACGGCACUGCAGCCCCAGCCCCGCACUCCCCACCGCAGGCCCUGGGGGGGGCGGGGAGGACUAGGAGGGCCUCACUUCCGGUCACCUCCCGGCCCUGCCGCCCAGCCUCCUCUUGGGCCGGGGUCCCUGCAGCUGCCUCACUUGGACCCCAAGUCUCUCCGCUGCCUCCUCUUCCUGGGCAGACCCUCCCCUACCCAGAGGGACUGCUCCAGGGAUGGAGCGCCAUCGGCCAAGGCCAGGCUGAGCAGGACAGCUCUGGGUGCCCCUCCCAUCUCAAGAUCCAGGGAACCUGCCAGCAAAUCCCUGCAAGUGUCUGUCACAUGACACGGAAACGCGGCUCCCACAGCAGCUCCCUCCCUGCCGCGAUCCUGGGGAGCCGGUCCGGGCUGCGUCGCGCUGGCCAGCAAGCACCCGCCUCACCUGGACGUCGCUGCACACGUCCACGGGUGUAGGCCGGGGCUCCUCUGCCCGAUUCGCGCACGGUGACUGCGUCACCGCCCCUCCAACUCGGCAGGUGGAGCUCGGCCAGUGUGGCAGGGCCCAGGUCUGGCCCAUCCCUUCCCCAGACGCGGUGCAGGCGCGCACAGCUCCUGUGCAGCUGACCGGCGCAGCUUCCAGCAUAUAAAUAAAGGAUGCUCAGGCCCUC